AUGACGGUCUCGCCAACUGAAGAUAUCUUCCCCUCGAAAAUGGGCCCUGCAUACGUGGGCUUCGACCAUAUCCACUGGUUCGUCGGGAACCCCAAACAAUCCGCUUCAUACUGGAUCACUCGCAUGGGCUUCCGGCCCAUCGCAUACCGCGGUCCAGAGACCGGCUCCCCCUACCUCGUUAGCUACAUCGUAGCCAACGGUGGGGCUACUUUUAUUCUGACGGGGCCGGUUUGCGGUCCGCCAGAAGGUGGUCCCGAAGGUCUUCUGUGCCGUGCCUCAGAUCAGGAGCGCACUACGCUAGCUGAAAUCCAUGCACAUCUGACCGUCCACGGGGACGGAGUGAAGGAUGUCGCCUUUCGGAUUGUGGGUGAUAUCCAAGCAGUGUGGAAACGAGCUAUUGAAAACGGCGCCCGUGCUAUUGCUGAGCCGCGGACUGUUGCAGUUGACGGACAUGGGAUGCUUGUUUCGGCGACCAUUGGAACGUUCGGGGACACUGUCCACUCCUUGGUCAAUAGGGAGGAGUAUUCAGACGAUGCGCCCUUCUUGCCGGGAUAUCAAGUGAUCACUGCUGAAGAUCCAAUCGCACAACUUUUGCCGAAAGUUGACUUUCUCGAGAUUGAUCACUGCGUUGGGAAUCAGUCGUGGGGAGGGGUGGAUAGUAUCGUUCAGUACUAUGAGGAAUGUCUCGAUUUCCAUCGCUACUGGACCGUCGAUGAUAAGGACAUGUGCAGCGAAUACUCGGCAAUGCGAUCUAUUGUCAUUGCGUCACCCAAUGAAACCAUCAAAAUGCCCAUGAACGAGCCUGCCAUUGGCAAAAAGCAAUCACAGAUUGAAGAAUUCGUAAAUUAUUACCACGGUGCCGGAGUCCAACACAUUGCCUUCCGCACCAACGAUAUCGUUACCGCCGUGUCCCAACUCAAGGCUCGAGGCGUCCAAUUCCUCAAUGUUCCCGCCGCAUACUACGCUGAUCUCCGACAGCGCCUCUCACAGGUCUCGUGGGCUCUCAACGCCGACGUAGACGUGCUCGAGCGGCUGAAUAUUCUCGUGGAUUUCGAUGAACGUGGAUACCUGCUGCAGAUCUUCUCGAAGCAUGUUGGGGAUCGCCCAACGGUGUUUACGGAGGUCAUCCAGCGUAACUCAUUCAAUGGGUUCGGAGCAGGGAAUUUCAAGAGUCUUUUCGAGGCUUUCGAAAGGGAACAGGCGCUGCGCGGCAACCUUUAA